UUAUGAUUAAAAAAUUAGAUUACAAAAGUGUUACCAAACGGCACAUAAAAAAUUGAAAACACAAACAGCCUUUUAAGUAUCUGAAACAAUUUAUACAUGCUAAAUCAUAUUAACAAUCCAUCAAACCCUUUAUUCUAUAUGUAAAACUAGUUAGCCUAUUUAUAAAUAACAAGCUAAGUGACACAAGAGAGAAGAGUUCUCGGACCCUACCCUAGAUUGUAGUAAGAGAGAGAAGCAGAGGAAGUGUUUGUUGUUGUUUGAGUGGAGCCUGCUGUAGUGAAAUGAAUCUCAGAGUUGUAUAGUUGCAUUUGUACAAAGAAGUUUUUAGGGACCAUUUGUUUGGUCGCCUUGGGUUGUAACUUCAGACUUGAAUCAAUUAGUGCAAGAAUCUGAAUCUAUUAUUGGGAGUUCAGAAGAGGGGAAUAGGCUCUCCAACUAUUGUUGGAGGAAGUACGAACCUCUAUAAUUUUGUUGUGUUAUUUCUUAAUUUUAUUUUCUUUGAUUGGUUCGAGUUGUGUAUUGUUUUGUUCUUGUGUUUGUGUUGCACUUUCUUGUUUAUUGUGUUUGUGUGUGCAGGGGAUUUGAGGUUGGUGUUGGAUUAAAUAUCCAACAGUAAGCUAUUUGAUGAGCACCCGUUAUAAUUGUCUGGUUAUAAAGUUAACCAUAUAGACUUGUCAAGUAAACAAUUAAAAUGUGAUGUUAGAUGGUAUACAAUUUCAUUGGUUAGUUAUACUUGUUAAAUAAGAAACAAAUUGAAUUUCUUAAAGAUUUGGGGAAUAUUAAGUCUGUUUAAUGCUCUAAACUUGGUGUGAAACCAAUUAGUCUAUGUGUAUUUAAUACACACUCAAUUCGAUUUAAUUAAAACAUUAAUCACAUGCAUCAUAUUACACUCUUGCUCAUUUAAUGGUAGUUAACCUGUUCAUGUUAUUAAAGUCAAGUAUUGGGCUACAAAAAAUGAGAGAUGCACAACUAAUGAGAAGUCCCUUUUGUUUAUUUAUAUUUUCCUAUUAACGUGGUAUAGAAAAUUAGAAAUCUUGAUAAUCAGAUUACAUUGUCAAAACACAGACCAAUAUUUCAUUAUAGUGAUACAUGACACAACAGAAUUUCAGAUCAGAAUUGAAACCCUUUGGAUCUAAUUCUCUGGGUUACAUUCCUAUUAUUGCUUCAUCUGUUUUACUUGAAGAAAAUAGUGCUGCCAUUUUUACUCUGAUGAAGUUUAAUUUUCAGGCAAAGCUGGUGGUUGUUUCUACCAUCUUGAUUCUUCUUCUCUUGGGCCAUUUUCCAGCAACUUUUUCACUAUAUCAUACUGCUGCAGCCUCCAAUAGCAGAUCACAUGGCUCCAAAUCCAAGAGCUUGGUUUGGAGAAAAAGAGGUAGUUAUAGGUGUUGGGCUAGAAGUGUGUUAAGCAAUAUUAAUACCGAAGAGUCCCCUAUCCGGCGAUCAAUACAGCUUUCACCACCUCCGCCGCCUGUUGAUGGCCGACAGAGAGCCAUGAAUGUGCCUCCAGCUCCAGCCUCAGCUGCCUCAUUUCAUUAAUUUUUAUCUUUUGUUAUUUAUAUUUGUGGACCUGAUUAAUAACUAAUAGGAUCUUGGUAUAUACAUACAUAUAUAAUGUUUCAUAGUGUCAAUGGCUUCCUCCAUUGGAAUUUUGUGUUACCGAUUAUUAAAACCUCAUUGCAUACACAAGUUUUUGUUUCCUUUAUUGUUAUUUUCUUGAUCUGUACCUUGUAGCCAAUGUCAAUGUCUCUUUUUCA